AUGCCGGUGCUCAGCGCGGUGCCGUUCCUGAAGCCCACCCACCCGCAGGGCCCACGCCGUUCUCCCGGCCGCCAGCGCCGACACACGCUGCCUGCCAGCGAGUUCCGCUGCCUCAGCCCCGAGGAUGCCGUCAGCGUGUUUGAGAUCGAGAGGGAAGCCUUCAUCUCCGUCUCCGGUGACUGCCCGCUGCACCUGGAUGAGAUCCGCCAUUUCCUGACGCUGUGCCCGGAGCUUUCCCUCGGCUGGUUCGAGGAAGGGCGCCUGGUGGCCUUCAUCAUCGGCUCCCUGUGGGACCAGGACCGGCUCAGCCAGGCGGCGCUGACCCUGCACGAGCCGCGGGGCACGGCGGUGCACAUCCACGUGCUGGCCGUGCACCGAACCUUCCGCCAGCAGGGCAAGGGUUCCAUCCUGAUGUGGCGAUACCUGCAGUACCUGCGCUGCCUGCCCUGCGCCCGGCGCGCCGUGCUCAUGUGCGAACAUUUCCUCGUGCCCUUCUAUGAGAAGUGCGGUUUCAAAGCUCUGGGUCCCUGCCAGGUGACGGUGGGCACGUUGGCCUUCACUGAGAUGCAGCACGAGGUGCGGGGCCAUGCCUUCAUGCGCAGGAACAGCGGCUGCUGAGCCCUGCAGCCCAGUUACACGCCAACCGGGGAGGGCAAGAGGGCAGGGAGCGAAUACUGUGAGCCCUUUCCACCCCCACCUCGGCUGCACAUCUUUCCCUGCUGGCCCCAGCCACAGCUCCCUGCCCACACAUCUGCCUUUUGGCCAAGGGAUGAGCGUGGCCCCAGCUCAGCCCUGUGCCUCACUCUCCCAGCGCUGGGGAAGAAUUCAGCCUGCAAGCACCGAGCCUGCACCCCCCCCCAGCCUUCUAUAGUUGGGGCUGUGAAGGGGAGCCCAGGAGGGCUGUGCAACCAAAGGAUCCGCUACGGAUGGAAAGAGCCUCAGCAGAGCCUGU